AUGCUGAAGCCGCAGCCCUCCGUCAAACUCGUAAAGGCCGACACCAAGACCGGCUACAAGUGCGUCUACGAAGUGCCCAACAAGGACCCUACGCGGCGUUACGUUGUCACGGUCUCGCGCGCUAGCGUCAACAUUGUCCUCGGCCGAUUUGCGACGGCGCGGGAGGCUGCGUACUGCUACGCGACCUCGCCCGAGGGGCAGAAACAUGCGACCGAGCUCGCCGAGGCGGAGGCGCUGCAGGAGGAGGAGAACAUGACGAGCGACGAGGCCCGAGCGACGGCCGCCAAGGAGGGGCUGGAGCUGCAUACGAACGGCUCGGGCUUUGUGGGCGUCUUCAAAACGCCUCCGGCCUUCAGACUGCCUUUCAUGGUACGGGUGCAGCGCAGCCGCAAGAGCGUGAACCUCGGCUACUUCUCGUCGGCUGAGGCUGCCGCUCUCUGCUACGCCCGCUCGCCCGAGGGCCGGGCGGCGGCGGAGGCCAAGUGCGCAGAGGCGCUGCCGCCGAUGACUGCUGCUGCAGCGCUGGAGGCGGCGGCGGCGGAGGGGCUGGUGCUGCCCACGUCGGGGCCCUCGGGGCGGUGGCCGGGGGAGACCACGCGCUUCCUGGGCGUGGGGACCGCGGGCACGCGAGCGCGGCUGCCCUUCCGGGCCUCUUAUCGGCGCGACCGACUCGAGAUCAGCCUCGGCAGCUUCGCCACCGAGGAGGAGGCCGCCCUCUGCCGCGCGCGCGCGCUCGCGGCCCAGGCCACCGCCCCCGCCGCCGCCGCGGACGAGCUGGCCCUCACUUGCCCCAUCUGCCUCGAGCCGAUCGACUCUCACCCGGUCGCCACCACCUGCCUGCACGUGUUCUGCCGCGGGUGCAUCGCCGGCUGGCUCGAGCAGGCAGACGAGGCAACCUGCCCGAUGUGCCGCGAGCCGCUCGAGGGCGCGUCGGGGCAGCUCACGGCCGUGCCGCUGCCGGCCGCCGCGGACGCGAGCACCGCCCCGCGGCGCACCGGCUGGACGCUCCUCGAGUGGCAGCAGAUGCUCGUGGAGCAGGCCUCCGUCGAGGCCGAGCUCGCCGCGCGCGCCGAGGCCACCGCCCGCUCCGACGAGCAGCAGGCGGCGUUCGUAUACCACAGCGGCGUCCCCAGGCCCGUGGACCUGGCACGGGGGGGUUUCCGUCCGCUCUUCAGCCAGCGGCGUGGCGGGCACAUGGCCCGCGGCGAGGCGCACCCGCGGGCGGCGAGGCCCGUCCGCCCCGACCCGCCCGGCAACAACUAUGCCGAGGUCGAAAAAGCGCGGCGCCGCCUCGACGCGCGGCGCCGCCUGGACGCUGCUGCUGCUAAGAAGCAGAAGAAGGGGGAGGGGCCGUAG